AUUCUCGAGUUUCCGACGUUAACCGACGUCGGAAUGCGUCGGGAUCUCUAGAGUCGAGAAUCAAAUUGCAAUUUCUACAUAUUGAUCAUAUUGAUGCUGACCACUGUGUAGUUCAGACGUUGUAAACGAUUUAUUAGAAUCUUUUUUUCUUUUUAAAUAUAAUUUAUUGAAAAAUGUUAAGAUUUUUUUAUUAUAUGUUGGGUGAAGUGGACAAAAUCUUUAAAAGAAAAUGUGAGAAUACAAGUCAAACAAGUUCUACACAGUCAUGUGAAAAACGUCAAAAGAUAUAUCAUCAGCAUUAUGAUAAUUCUUAUGCCAAAAAAAUAAUAACAAUUGACUUUAUCAAUGAUGAUUGCCUGAGUGAAAUAUUCAUGUAUAUUCCAGUUUGUGAAAGACCAAAAAUUGCACAAGUAUGCAAAAACUGGAAUAGAGUUGUUCAUUCUUAUUGUUUUAAAGUAAAGAAACUUGAACUAUUCCAUUGGGAAUAUGAUUGUCCUCAAAACUCUUUAGAGAAAUUCAAAACAAAUGAGAAAAAAUUAAGUUUCUUAAGACCACUUCUUGAUAAAUGUUGCAGUUAUUUAACAGAACUAGACUUGGUAGCUUAUGAUAAUUCCAACAUAGUGCCUAUUGUUAAUGAAUCUUGUCCAAACCUAGUGAAACUUCGACUAAGAUUGAGACAUCCUUUUGAUAAUAAAGAUUUUAAAAAUGCAUUUUCACGUAUGUCUAAACUGAAAAUAUUGAAAAUUAUAUUUCAACGUACUCCUAAAAUACCUAAGACUUUGAUUUUAUCAUUGAAAAAUGUUGCCAAUACUUUAAAUGAACUCGCUCUGUUUAAUCAAAGCGAGGUCAUAAUGACAACGAGUCAAUUCCCUGCAAAAUCAUUCUUGGCUAUAAUUCCUCAACUAAAAGCUUUGAAAAAAAUUGAAGUUGGUGGUAUAAGGAUUACCUACCGCAUAAAUAAGGCUAUUGUUGAUGCCAAAUUGAAUUUUCAUGACCAUGAGUAUAUUCUAGAAGAUACAGGAAUUAAGCUUGUGGAUAUCAAAAGCCUUGUUUUAAGCCAAAGUAAGGAACUUACAGAUGGUAUUUUGUAUAUUACUGCCAAUAGCAUGAAAUUCGUAAAUAGUAUACAUGGAAAUUGUUCAUCAGUAACUGAUAUUGGUAUACAAGCCAUUACAAAGAUGAAACAUUUAAAAGAUUUUUCUUUAACUGGCAAAAGUAACAUCACUGAUUCUUCAUUAAAAUUGCUCAAAGACCUGAAAAUAUUGGUACUACCAGAAAGUUAUAAAAUAACUAACAAUUCCAUUGAAAAAAUUCUUGAAAAUUCACCAUUUAUUAGAGUGAUACGGUUCAGUAAUACGAGUAUAACUCCUGAAUUUAUAGAAACAGCAAAGAAAGUAUCAAAAAAACGUAAAAUAUUAUUGCAAUUAUAUGUUCAAUUUUCUAAUUGUUGUGUGCGUCGAAUUACAACGGAAUAUUUGUUUGUUCGUUGUCUCUGCUGUCGAAGAAAAAAUCAACAAUUAUAA